UCCUCCAAUUUAAAAAUUAAAGUUUAGAAAUUGGUGAAAAAAUUUCCAAUUUCCCCUUAAUUUGUACUCCGUACUAUGUUGAUUUGAAGCUCUCAUUUUAGGUGGGGAGAGUAAGAUGGAAGAAGGAAGUGAAUUUCGACAAUGGGAUGAGUUAAUUCCAGAUGCAUUAGGGUUAAUAUUUAAGAAGUUGUCAUUAGAGGACAUUUUAACAGUGAUUCCUAGAGUUUGCAAGGCAUGGGGGAAAGCUGCUCAAGGGCCUUAUUGUUGGCAAGAGAUAGAUCUUGAUGAGUGGAGUGUUGAUUGCGAGCCGGAUAAACUCGACCUGAUGCUCCGAUUGCUUAUUACUCGUAGUGCUGGCUCGCUUCGUAAGCUUCAAGUUUCUUGUGUCAAUGAUGAUGAGAGUUUCGCUUUCAUUGCUGAAAAUGCGGGCUCCCUUCAGAAUCUUAUAAUGCGGAGAUGCGGUAUCAGUGAUUCCAUUGUAGAGCAGUUGGCUGGGAAGUUUUCUAGAAUUGUUUCAUUAGACCUGAGCUACUGUUGUCAGAUUAGCACUCGUGCUUUAGAAGCCUUUGGAAAAAAUUGUAAGAUGCUGUCUUCAUUAAGCUGGAACAUGCACCCUUUAGGCUCGGCUUUCAAGCUUUCACAUGUUGAUGAAGCUCAUGCUAUUGCCAAAACAAUGCCUAAGCUUAAAGAGCUUGAGCUUGCUUACCUUCGAAUCAACACAGAGUGUGUCCUUGACAUCCUUUCAGGGUGCCCCGACCUUGAAUUCUUGGACUUGCGAGGGUGUUGGGAUGUCCAUCUAGACAAAAAGGCCCUUGAGAAGCGGCACCCACAGUUGGAGGUUCUUGGACCUCAAGUGGUGAUGGGUGCUUUCGAAAGGAGAGCAUAUUUCGAUGAAUAUUACUCAGACUCCGACUUCUCGGAUUAUGAUUACAUGGAUUAUAGCGACGAUGAAAGCUUUGAUGGUAUGUGGGAUGAUGAAGACAUAGAGCUCAGGAUUUAUGAAGGUCCUGAUAACAUGUAUGAAUUUGGCUGGCCUCCAUCUCCCUAGCCCGAGUAGUUAGUACGGAAUAGUUGAUAGUAGCAAUGUUGUGAUCUUGGUGUUAUUUCACUCCUUGUGAAAUUUGUGAAGAGUCUACCCCCUUAAGUAUUAGCAUUGCACUAGAAAUAGGCACCCGUUAUGUGAAUCUAGACGCUUUAAUGUUAAUGAAGUAUUGCAGUUUGUAUAUGUUUUGUUUCUUUUUCUUUCCUGAUCUCAAACAUUAAAGUAUGUAUCUGAUUGUUUCACCUAAGAAAACCAUGGAAAGAGUUAUGUUCUUGUAUACUUCAUAUAUCGGUAUAUUGAUAAACUUCAUUCUUGUAUAUUCAAUGUUACAGACAGAUGUUUGUUUUG